AUGAUUGUAUUUUGGCAGGUAAUGAGCGACCACUUCGAUCAUUACACAAAAGCACCAAGCCGUGAUAAUAGUGUGGACCGGUACAGCCGGGCAGCCAGUCGACUGAGUGGAGGGUCGAGACAGUCAUCAGUGGAAAAGUCACAGAACCAGCAGCAACAGAGGAGAGGAGGAGACGAUCGACUUCCGUCUUCGUCAUCUUCCGCAGCUGAUAAAUCAUUCAACGGUGGUCCUGGCUUCAAUGCAGCGUCGGCGGCCGGGGCCAAGCAAAACAACUCGUCAUCGGCCGCCACGCAGCGUCAACCACCGCCGUUUGAGGAUAUCAUACUUAGGCAACGGAACCUCGGGCAGGAGAUCGUUCCGUCACCUAUCGGGCAACCCAAGCGCACGGAGUCCUUGUACGUGAACCCAAAUACAGCACGCAAAGAGACCAAACCUAAAGUGAGUACAACAUAUAUUCGGCCUAGGAGUAGGAGUAAUAGUCCUGAUAAUGGUGAUGACCAAAGCAUAAAUGGCGGUAGUGUUGGUAGUGUUGGUAGUGUUGGUAGUGGUGGGAGUGACAACAGUCAUGGUAGCCGUCAUGGCUCCAUUAUUGGUUGUUGUUGUUUUAUUUGCAAUUGGAGCGAUGAUAUGAUCCACGAUAAUAGUGAUAUUAUUGAUAGUCAUGGUAAUCUAGUUAUGAGAGGUAAUAGUGAUGGUCGUACAAAUAGUAGCAGUACUAGUGAUGGCAACGGUAGGGGUAGUGGUGAUGGUCAAGCUAUUAUGGAUAGUUUUAAUUUUAGUGAAGUUGGAGGUAGUGGUGAUGGCCGCGUCAGUAGAAUAAGUGGUUAUAUCCACUCUAGUAGGGGCAGGGGUGUUGGCCGGUCUAGAAGUAAUAGCACUGACAACUACGGUAGUAGAGUUAGAGGUGAUGGAGUUAGUGCUGAUGAGCAUGAUAAUAUGAUUAAUGGUGGUGGUCGCCCUAGUAGGUGUAAUGGGAGCCGUGGAUCUAGUAGGGGUAGGGGAGAAGGUCGAUCAAGUAGCAGAAGUGCGGAUGGUCGAGCUACGUCUAGCACGUUUCCUUUGAAUAGCAGCAAUGUCCAUUCUAGUGGUAAUAGCGCUAGUGGUAAUAGGGGUAGUGGUAAUAGUGCUUGUGGUAAUAGUGCUAGUGGUAAUAGCGCUAGUGGUAAUAGGGGUAGUGGUAAUAGUGCUUGUGGUAAUAGCGCUAGUGGUAAUAGGGGUAGUGGUAAUAGUGCUUGUGGUAAUAGCGCUAGUGGUAAUAGGGGUAGUGGUAACAGUGCUAGUGGUAAUAGUGCUAGUGGUAAUAGCGCUAGUGGUAAUAGGGGUAGUGGUAAUAGCGCUAGUGGUAAUAGCGCUAGUGGUAAUAGCACUGGUGGUAAUAGGGGUAGUGGUAAUAGGGGUAGCAGUAAUAGCGCUAGUGGUAAUAGUGCUAGUGGUAAUAGUGCUGGUGGUAAUAGGGGUAGUGGUAAUAGCGCUAGUGGUAAUAGGGGUAGUGGUAAUAGGGGUAGUGGUAAUAGGGGUAGUGGUAAUAGCGCUAGUGGUAAUAGUGCUAGUGGUAAUAGCGCUAGUGGGAAUAGUAGUAUUACCCGCCCUAGUAGGAGUAGAAGUGGUUUAAGAGUCCACUUUAGUGACGAAGUGAGUAGCAGUGAUGACCCCCCUAGGGGUAGUGGGCCCAAUAGAGAUCACAAUCACAUUAGAAGUAACAGGCACAGUAGCUGUGAUAGUUACUUCGAUUUAAGGGAUUCAAAUCAAGUUACUACAAGUGGCUCUGUUGGCAGAGAUACUAGAGAAUUUGACAAUACAAUUAACUUCCCUGUUAGUACUCAUGGAGAUUACGGUAAUUUUGGUGGUUAUGGUAGUGGUGGCAUCCGUAGUAACUUUGACAACCAUUCUGAUAUUGCCAGAGUCCAUAGAGUUGGUCGUUAUGAAAGCGGUGGCGUAAGUUAUAGUCGUAAUGAUGUCUACGUACGUAACGACAUUCGUGAUUUUAGUGUUGUCCACGGUAGGAGUAGCAUCCGUGGCAAUGGUCAAGGUCGCAUUAAUCAUGGCAUACGUGGUGUUAAUGGCGUCCAUGUUAGCAGUAGAGUGGUACGUGAUCAUGCUGACCACCACGUUAGAGGUGUGGUCAUCCGUGAAAUAAGUAACAGUGGCCGUGACAGUGGACGAGGCACUGACGAUUAUGAAUAUGACUACGAUUAUGAAGGUUUUUACAACUAUGCAGAUGACUAUGAUGAUGAAGGUAACUAUGAAAAUGGAUAUGGAGGUGAUGUAGAUAACGGAAGAAGACGUAGGUUGUUGCCAUCAAUUCCGUUUAUACAGCAUAUGAUGUGGUUUCGAUCGUACUUAAGAAAUAGUCGUAGGAGCAUUUUUUUUUACCACACGUAG